AUGGUGAAGGAGAGAAUAAGAGCUUGCGGCCGUGGCGGAGGAGGAGGAGUUGUUCCAAGCAGGGUGCUUCCCCAUGAAUUACAGCUGUUUGAUGGAGUGAUUUCAAGAGAAAAGAAAAGGAAGGGUUUUUGUUUCUUACCAAAUCACUCAGCUGCCUUUCUUUUCUCACCACCAAAGGGGCUGUUAGUGGCUGGGGAAGUGCUCACAAGGCUUCCAGCCAAGUCCCUGAUGCGAUUCAAGUGUGUUUCAAAGCUCUGGCGCUCAACCAUCAGCCACCCUUCCUUUUGCAAGGCCCACCGCCGUGCUCGGUCUCGCGCUGCUGCUGGUUUAAUAAUGGUCUGUAUAUUAUGCUGUUGCAGAUGCAGCAAUAUUGAAGUUUGCUGGGGUCUAAUGCUUUCUGCAUUCUGCAUGACUCUAGACCACAGUGAUGACAGGGUUGCUAUUUCUCAAUGCUUUCAGGGCUUCGACAUGCUGUAUUGCUGUUCAUUUUACUGCUAUGAUGGGUAUGCAGACCCAGAGAGAUGCUUUCAUUGUGCUGCGGCCUCCAGUCCUCGCAUAUUAGCAUGUGGAUGUAUGGAAUUUGUUGUUCCUCCAUCAGAUUCAGCAGUCUUUUUCCCUAUAUCAGUGCGUUUUACUGCUGUAAGUACGUUUAGCGGUCUAAAGUCAGAUCAGAUAGAUCUGAUGGUGAAGGAGAGAGUAAGACCUUGCGGACGUGGCCGAGGAGGAGUUGUUCCAAGGGAGCUUCCCCAUGACUUAGUGGCUGGGGAAGUGCUGACAAGGCUUGCAGCCAAGUCCCUGAUGCGAUUCAAGUGUGUUUCGAAGCUCUGGCGCUCGACCAUCAGCCACCCUUGCUUUUGCAAGGCCCACCGAGCUCGUUCCCGCCUGUCUCGCGGCGCUGGUGGUGGUGGUUUAAUAAUGGUAUUUCCCGAAACUGACAUUGAUGACGACGAUAAUGAUUUACUAGUAGGCGUAGGCUUCUUUUACGCAACCCUCCCCAGCACCCGGGAUCCUCCUGUAAUUGAUUUGCUUUACCAGUUUCGUAUUGGGUCCCCAAGCACGGAGGAGGAGGAGGAGGAAGAUGUUAGCUAUUUGAAGGAUUACCUAGGUUAUACCCGUUUCAUUAACGGCCUCUUUUGCCUGUACACUGCGGAUCGCGUGUCGAUUUGCAACUUCUCCACUCGUGAAAUUAUGGAUCUUCCGGCCCCCCCAACCCGUCCUUUCCAACAGUGUCUUUAUUACCUUGGGUUCGAUUCUACUACCAACGAAUACAAGUUGCUCAAAGUAUGCACGGUGAACUGCCGUAAGGAUGAGGAUAAUGAGGAGGAGGAGGAGGAGGAGGAGGAGGGGGAAGAUCUUUACUUCGACUCCAAGUUCGACAUUCUUACUCUGGGCAAGGACAAGUCUUGGAGAAGCCUCCAUGAUGCUCCGGCAAUUGACGCGUGGAAGCUAAGCGCUUGCUUCAAUGGACGACUCUAUUGGUGGGAUCCUGCUGGACGUGAACUCAUUCAUUUCAGCUUCAACAAUGAGCGCUUUGGAUUUACUUCCCGGCCGCCAAGGACUCCAAGAAAUGUGGGCGCAAUACAUCAGUUUAGAGGCGAUCUAGCUCUUCUUGUUGGGUUCGUUGAUCAGGCAUUGGCGCUCUGGGUAUUCGAGUCGGGCCUCAGUCAAAUAAUUGAAGACAACGGGGAAACACAAGACGUGAAAGCAUAUUCAUGGUGUCUUCGCCACAUCCAAGUUCCAUAUGCUAUUGCUAACCGCAACCUCAAAUUCCUUGAGAACCUCCCCACAGGGGAGGUGUUAAUGACUGGCAUGGAAGAAGCUGCCGAUAGUAAUAGCAACUCACCUUUCCCCAUGCCUAUUUAUUCAUACGAUCACACUAGUCGAAAAUCUGAAAAAUUUAUAACCGGCAAGAAUUACCCGUCUUCAAGACGAAAGUACGCCAGGACGUUGCAAGUAUUCUACUACGAGGAAAAUAUUAUGCCGUUGGACCAUUUGAUCUCCAAUAAGUAACUUUUUAUUUUCGAGAACCGCCAAGUGUACUAGUAGUAAUUCUGUUUCGUUUUUAUCUUGUUGCUGAGAUUACAGUCUACAACUUGAUGUGAUCAGAUCUUAUGGUUGGCUUGCAUUGCA